UAACUCGCGAGGCACAGCAUGACAUCAGGGCGACGACGACGACGUGCAUGCGACUAUAAAAUGCAGGCAGCCCCCAGACGACUCUGUUGCUACUCGCGCAACCAGAAAGACGGGAAGGCAAGCCUUAGCGCAACAUGGUGAACAUUACAGGACUGAUGUCCACCCUGAUCACUGCGAACCAUAUCCUGAGCUAUCACAAUGUACUCGACUCCUUCGGUCACAUCAGUGUGCGCAACCCGAACACAAACACGACAUUCUUCAUUGCCUUGCAACUGGGUCCAGCAGUUGUCUCGGGGCCGUCAGACAUUGGCGAGUACCUGAUCGCAGACGGCUCACCUGUGAACGGUACCGUAGGCGGCUAUGCGGAGCGCUACAUCCAUUCAGCGAUUCUGAAAGCCUACCCCGACAUCAACGCCGUUGUGCACUCCCACUCUGAAGACGUUCUUCCAUAUACGGUCCUCAACAGCAUCAGUCCGGAGCCUGUGUACCACAUGGCCGGCUUCCUCGGUCAACAGGUCCCCAACUGGGACAUCGAGGCAGCCUACACCGCAGAUGACCCACACGACAUGCUCGUAAAUACGCCGAAACUAGGCGACGCACUCGCCGCAACCUUCGGAAUCAAUACUACACAGCCUACCUCACCCCUCCACAAAACCGUCCUCCAGCGCGGCCACGGCUUUGUCACGGUUGGGACUAGCGUCGAGCAAGUCACUGACUACGCCUACUACGCAGCAAGCAAUGCACGAGUGCAGACUAAUGCACUCCUGCUGAACAACGCAGUGGGUGGGAGUGGUGUGAAGUAUCUGAGUGCUCAGGAGAGGAAAGAUACGGCGAACAUGAAUGCGUGGAUUGUGUAUAAGCCGUGGGGUCAGUGGGUCAAAGAGGUCGAAAGGAGCGGGCGGUUUGUGAAUGAGUUGGGUACGCCACCUGAUCCGCAAAGCGAAAGCUCGGGAUGAAGGGAUCGUAGUGAGUGAAAGAUGGCGCAGAGUGUGGAGCGUAGAGGCGGCAGUUGGGGUAAGCUUCAGAGAUAACGCGCCUGUAGCUUCGUCAGCUUAACGUAAGCUCAUCUUAG